AUGUUGAAAACCGUCGCCAUCGUCUGCGCACUUGUUGCCGUCGGUCUUUCGGAGAUCAACACUCAGACCGACGCUCUCCAACAGCACGAUCGCCUCCAUCGCUGCUGGGAGCCAGUGGAUUUCAAGAACGAAAGCUCGGGUCACCGUCUUUCGGAACCGAUCUACCGCUAUUGCAGCGUCAUGGCAGUCAACAAGAAUUACAAGGUCUUGCACCCGUUCGGAGUUGAAGAGGAAUCCGACGACUACACUCAUGUGAAUGCCAUCUUCGAAACCGCCUCCUCAAAAUACGCCAUACUCAAUGUUUGUCUCCAAGAGGCUUUGGCUUUCGGAGGGCCGACCCGUCCAUCCCAAGUGAGUCUUCGAUGCUUGUGCCGCCGAGACGCUUGCAACAUCCCGACGGAUCUUGUCUCCUACAUGGAAUUCAACCAAAAUCCCAUUCCCUCCGAACAAUUCCCAUAA